AUGGAGACAAAAACAUCGUUGCCGUUGAUCAAGAUGCCUAAGAGCACGGACGAAACGACGUUUGACGAAUGGCGCAGUCGUGACGCUGCCUCCAUGUGUUAG